CGUAAUUUGGAACCACCAAAAAGAAUGAAAUAAAUUGUGCAAAAUAUGGCAACAACGAGGGAAGUCGGUGUGGGCGAUUUUGUCCUUAUGGACAAAAUCGACUUGGACAAUUUUAUGCAAAAUUUGGAAAUCAGGUUUAAAAAUGGGUUAAUCUACACUUAUAUAGGAGAAGUAUGCGUUUCUGUGAAUCCUUACAGAUCAAUGAAUAUCUAUGACCAAUCCUAUGUGAGCAAAUAUAAAGGCAGAGAACUAUUCGAGAAUCCACCUCACAUUUUCGCCAUAGCCGAUGCUUCCCAUAAAGUAAUGAAACAACAAGGCAGGGAUACUUGUAUCGUAAUCAGUGGAGAAUCGGGAUCAGGCAAAACUGAAGCUUCCAAAAUUAUUAUGAAGUACAUUGCCGCAGUAACUAAUCAAGAGGGUAAACAUGAAAUCGAACGAGUUAAAAACGUCUUGAUCCAAUCAAAUGCAAUCCUGGAAGCCUUUGGAAAUGCGAAAACCAACAGAAACGACAAUUCUUCAAGAUUUGGUAAAUACAUGGAUAUACAUUUCGAUUUCAAAGGAGACCCUAUUGGAGGCCACAUAAGCAAUUAUUUACUGGAAAAAUCCAGAGUCACAACACAGCAACCUGGCGAAAGAAAUUUUCAUUGUUUUUAUCAACUUCUCAUUGGAGCCAAUGACGAUUUACUAAAAAGACUGAACAUAUCUAGAAGCCCGGACAAGUAUUUCUACAUUAAACAAGGUAAUGCUGCCAGGGUUGAAAGUAUCAACGACAAGACGCUUUUUCGGGACAUGACAAUGUCCUUAAACACUUUACAGUUUAGUAAAGAGGAUCAGGAUACUUUGUGGAAAGUUGUAGCGGCAAUACUGCAUCUUGGAAAUGUCGAAUUUGAUAUUGUCGAAGAUAAAUUGGAGCUUAAACAGUCUAAGCAUGUGGAUGAUGUGGCUUCUUUGUUACAGGUAAAAAAGAAAGAUUUAGAAGUAGCUCUAUGUGAAAGAGUCAUAGCAGCCAGAGGCGACAUAAUGCGUAAAGAACAUACAGAAUCCGAAGCCUCCUUUGGCCGGGACGCUUUUUCCAAGGCAAUCUACGAAAGACUUUUCAGCUGGAUCGUCAAAAGAAUCAAUUCCGCCAUAAGCGUAGAUUCGCAAAACUUCCAAAAAAUCUACAAGAGCUCUUUAAUAGGAGUUUUGGACAUUUACGGUUUCGAGAUUUUUGAUAAUAAUAGUUUCGAGCAAUUUUGUAUUAACUAUUGUAACGAAAAACUACAACAAUUAUUCAUCGAGUUGGUUCUAAAACAAGAACAAGAAGAAUACAAUCGAGAAGGCAUCGAAUGGACAAAUAUUGAGUAUUUUAACAAUCAGAUUAUUUGUGAUUUAGUUGAGGCACCACACAAAGGUGUUAUGGCAAUCAUGGACGAUGCCAGCAAAAUGACUGCCGAAAAAAUAACAGACGAAUUAUUAUUGGAAGCAAUGGACAAACAACUAAAAGGCCACAAACAUUUCACUUCGAGGCAAACGAAGACUACUGAGAAAAAUUUAAGGCAUAAAAUUGAUUUUAGAAUUACUCAUUAUGCUGGAGAUGUUACUUAUUGCAUUAUUGGUUUUUUGGACAAAAACAAGGACACUUUGUUCCAAGACUUUAAAAGACUGCUUUACAAUUCAAACGAUAAAAAUUUAAAAGAAAUGUGGCCAGAGGGUGCUCAACACAUUACACAAAUUACCAAAAGACCUCCAACAGCAGGUACCUUAUUUAAAACCUCAAUGCAAGAACUAGUAAAAACUCUAAUAAGCAAAGAGCCUCACUACGUAAGAUGUAUAAAACCAAACGAAGUAAAAUCAGCUUCAGCAUUUGACUAUGAAAGAGUGAAACAUCAAGUCAACUAUUUAGGCCUACUAGAAAAUGUUAGAGUGAGAAGGGCAGGCUUUGCUCACAGGCAAAGAUACGACAAAUUCCUCAAAAGAUACAAAAUGAUAUCACAUUACACUUGGCCUAAUUAUCGAAGAGGAUCAGACAAAGACGGCGUCCAAAUGCUUAUGAAGGAAACCGGAUUUGAUAGCGAUGUAAAAUAUGGCAAAACAAAAUUGUUUAUAAGAUCUCCAAGAACUUUAUUUGCUUUGGAGAAUUCCAGAAAUGAACUUUUGCCUAGUAUAGUUACUUUGAUACAGAAAACUUGGAGAGGAUAUAAGGCUAGGCAGUUGUACAAAAAAAUGAAGGCCUUAAUGGUGAUGAUUAAAGCCUACAGACUUAAGAAAAUGAGGGUGUAUAUUAAUCAGCUUUAUGCUAAGUUCCAUAAGGCGAAAUCUAUGAGGGAUUAUGGUAAAAGUGUUAUAUGGCCUGCACCUCCAAAGGCCUUACAUGAUACAGCAAGAUUAUUCCGUAUGGCAUUCAACAGAUGGCGAGCCUACAUGAUUCUGAGCAAAGUACCGAAACCCGAUUGGGCUCAGAUGAAACUGAAAAUUUCCGCUGCCAGUGUGCUGAUCAACAAACGAGCUCAUUACGGUAUCAACAGGAAAUGGGAAGGCAAUUACUUAUCCCGGCUGGAUGAAAACAGUAAUUAUCCAACAUUCAACGAGGCUGUUAAUAAUUUAAGAAACACUAAACAUUUCGGACAAGUUUUGUUUAGUUCUUAUGUAACAAAAUUCAAUAAGUUCAAUAAAGUGGCUGAAAGAAUUAUGAUUGUAACAGACCAAUACAUUUUCAAAUUGGACUGUGAAAAGUUUAGAAACAUGAAAGAAGGAGUUCCGUUGAAAGAUUUAACUGGAAUAAGCGUUAGUCCUGGACAAGACCAACUAAUAGUCCUACAUUGUCCUAAUGGUAACGACUUAGUUGUGUCCUUGCAUUGCUUGAAACAAGAAGAUAGAGUUGGAGAAUGCGUCGGGACUAUUUGCAAUAAAUUUUAUCAAUUACGAAACACAGACUUACCAGUUAAAGUAAGCAAAACAAUUCAAUGUUGUUUAGGGGGUAAGCAGCGCAUGAUCAACAUACAAGUUUCGGCCGAAAUUCAAAAUGCUUCUUUUAAAAAAGACGGCAGCAAUAUUGCUUACGUGUUGCCAUCGGAUUUUGCCAUUUUGGAAAACGGGAAUCAUCAUUUGAAGAAUUAAUAAGUGCCUUAAUGAAAACCCUGAGAAGUCUUUAUUGUGUGCUAUAUAAAUUUAUCUGUGUUAAUGCUUUUGAAGCUUUCGUUUAUGUACUUAGAAGCUGUUGCUUAUUGCAAAAACUCCAAAACAAAUUAUAAAUUAUGUACUUCCAUUAUUAAUUAUUGCAUUUUACUUUUUUAAAUUAUGUAAUUAAUUUCUCUCUUUUAAAGUGUGAGGGAAACAAAACUUUUUGUUGUUUGUGCCAUUUUAUAUUUUUUUUUGUAUUGAGUCAGUUAAUGUGCCUUUAUAAUAGUUAUUUAUGUAUCAAGGGAUGUAUGAUGAGGGUGUUAAUACCCCAGGGCAAAGUUUAUGUCCCGGACACCAACACCUUAUAAUUUCCGUGGUACAUAGAUAAAAGUAUUUUUUUUCCAGAUAAAUUGAAAAUAAAUUUAAUUUUUAUUAUAAUACC